AUGGACAAUAAUAUCGUGCCUAAUAAUGAGGACAACACGGGGGAAAGCAAUAGUAGUGAUAUAAACGUUAAUAUUGACAUAGGCGGUUCUAAUCGCAGAAUUACCGAAGAAUCUAAUAUUAAUGAACCUCUUGAAACAAGUACUCCACAAAACACGACAGAACAAGCCUCAGAAACACCUUUAUCUAAUAUUAUUAAUGCCACCGCGUCACGUAUGACAUCCGGUAUAUUCCCUAUAACGUCUACUUCCGACACUGAUAUUCAUGAAUAUCAGGAAUCGAUAUCGCGUUCUCAAUUAAGCAGCAGUGAGCUUUUCAUGAACUUAGAAGAUGUUGUUACUACGAGACCAAAGGAAUAUAGCGACCCAAUUAAACCUCGUCCGAACUCUCAAAUACUCCUUCCAACUUCGAUGCAGCAUUAUGACCCCUUUGCAAUGCCUAGUUCUGAUCAAGAAUUUCGCAUGCUUGCUAGAAUACUUAACUGGCCAGCUCAACCCGGUCAGAACCCUGUUACUCAAAUAUCAGGUCAAGUUGGUAGCUCAUCGAUAAAGGAUAAUAUGGUAGAUGGUGGCGAGAUAAUAUUUGAUACAUCAAUUGACCAAGAGGGAGAUAUUCAACAAUCUAAAGGGCAACAUCCUUACAAAAAGCAAUCAACGUUUUAUGUACCUCAUAGCUUUUCAGUGGCAGAUGCAAUGCGACAAAUGACUAAACCGUUACAAAUGCCCGAGGUACCUCCACUCAUUUCAACUAAUUACGGUAAAGAAAUUUUCGAUCAAAUAAAGUCGGAUGAUGAUCCUAGGCUUAUCGUUUGGUCAAAAUCCAGAGCUCAGGAAAUAAAACAUGAUUCCACAUUUUCUAUUUCGACUACUACUUCAAAACGAUGGAGUUUUCAUGAGACUUUACGCACUCAAAGGAGAGGCUCAAAAAAUGACAAUUCAAUUGUAUCAUCAUCAUCAGCAGGAAAGAAAUUGACCGAACCACAGAAAGAUCUUGACGUGGACAAAAUAAUGGUCGACAGUGGGGGUGGUAGUGGUGUAGGUACAUCAUUAAUAGAAGAAUCGGCGAAUAUUGCUGUCUCAUAUGACAGCAGUAAUUAUUACACAGUAACUCAAAAACAAUCAAAUAUAUUAAGACAUCAGUCAUCGUCUUCAUCUUUGGACUCAACAAUUACUCCAGGAACAACCGAUUCCGAAUCGGAAGCAAUUGAAUAUUAUACGCCUAAUAUUAGUGGUGUAUCUCGUAAAGAAACUCAUCGGAACAUUAUAUACUCUAGUAGUAGUAAUUCACAUACUAGCGAUGAAGAUUUAUCUUCUAAAGCCACACAUGACCAAAUUGAUGAGUUAUACGGUCAAAAAUGGUCAAAGAAUUUACCAACUAGUUCUAGUGAAUUAGGGGAUGACAUUUAUACGGACAAUAAUGUUUAUGAAUAUGAGGAUGAUGGUGCUGGC